GGAUGUACGAAACCAAGCAAAAGUGAAAAUUAUGGAUUAGAGUCACGAGUAAACUGAAAUCAUUACUCUCAUUUUUGUAAAAGUUCAAGAAAUUUAUUAUUAAUUUUUUACUUUAUACUUUUUAUUUUGGUAACAAUAUAUUCUAAUUUAUGAUUUACUAUAUGCUAAAUUACUUUGUAAACACUCGUGUACUUUAUAAAUGUGAGGUAUUCGUUUUAUUAUUCUCAAAGAAAGACCUGCAAAGGAAGUAUUGAAAAUCUCUGCAUUCCUCAUAUACCCUGAAGAACUUUAAUAUGAAAAGCCAGGCUCAUCUUUUCCAUCUCUGGGUAGGGAGGAAAAAAAAGCCACAACAACAACCAUUAAUGUCUUUUUACAAAUAUAGACUCAAAAUGUCCUGAUUACAGUCUUCAAAAUCAGGUUAAAUGUCUUCAUCCCAAAUCAAUUCUGUUCUUCAAAGUGAUAUCUCUGACUUUUUUAUAUAUUAAUAGUAAGAAAGUUAUAGAAGCUAAUUUCACUUCAUAUUAAGCCACUUAUAGAUUUGGCUUUAACUUUAACUUGCUAAAGUAGAUGAGUUUUUAUACUAACAGUGUAAGUCUUUCUCAAAUAAAAUUUUCAAGUUUUAUAAAAUUAUUUAGUUGUCUCUGCCAGUUAAUUCAACUGGUUUUAGCCAUCUCUGUUUUCUAUUCCAAGAGGAGACUCAAAGGAGAAAUAGUUCUACAAUCAAAUACUGUGUAUGUCCAAUCCCAGUAGUCCCUCCAAAAAAAAAACCACAAAAGACUUUAUGAAGUUGGCUACCUCAACCCCUGCCUUGAAUAGCACAAUAUCUAUCAUUAAAUCCCAAUCCCCAAUUCUCUGUCUUGUUUUUUUUUUCCCAGAAACUUUAUCACACUGAAUCUAUCUACAAUAUCCUCCCCUAUCUUGCACAUCCAAAUGGCUCAUUCUGUUUUAUCUGUCUCCCUCUUGAAGUACUUCUUCAUUUUGCCGUUGCACUACAAUUAUUAUUAAACAUAUCUUUCUCUUUUUCUAGGUAAAAAAAAGUCCUUUUGGUUGAUAGCCAGUUUCUAUACAUCUCCCAGCACACUACCGAAGAAUAUAAAGCAUGAUGAGUUAAUGAAUGAUUGAAUGAGUGAAUGAAUGAAUGAAUAAAAAUAUCUAACAUAUAUUCCAUUAAGCAAAGGGCAUAUCAUAUCUGUAUACCCUUGUAAUUAAGACACAAUGAGACAUGUGAGUUAUAAAAAUUAUAGUACAGUAAACAAUAAAUAGAAAAUCUUUAAAAGUAUUUAGAAGACAUUGUUGUCCAAAUUUGGGUAUUGCACGUCCUUCUCAUUGAGAUGCUGCUUCCUCAUUGGUUUGUGGUGAAAUAUGAGUGCAAUUUCCUGUCCCCUCAGCAGUGUUGGUUUCUCUUCUUGACUUGAUGCAGGCACAGAUUUAUCAAGCUCCUCGGUCAACAAACGCAUCACCCGAAGAAACAUGAGUCAUGUCCAUUGAGAAAUAAAAUUCACUGAAAUCCAGUAUACCUCAGAAAGAAAGGAAUUUUAGAAGGAAAUACCAAUCUCUAUGAAAACAAAGCCUUAUAUAUUCAUGUUUCUACCAAUCGACUGUGAGAUUUAUGAAGAAAAACAAAUUGCAGACAGCUCUCCAUGCACACUUACAAAUACCGCAGUUGAUCCUUGUGGGUUUUGUCAGUGUUCUGUGAUAAUGAACGCAUGGACUUCUGUUCAGUAAAUUCAGUUGAUCCCUUUAGCCAACUGUCAGGAGCCUGGAUUUUGACUUCUGACUGCUGGUGCUUGUGUAGAAAUUGAUCUACAUCCACCCUUUAAAAGCAUUGAUGAAUUAAUUAGAACUGUAAACAACAAAGAAAAAUUGAAAAAAAAAUAGUAAAAGAGAAUCUGAUGUUCAAAACAAACUACAACGAAACAAGACUUACUUUUCUGUUUGCCUUCUAAGAACUAAUAUAAUUGCUACCUUAAAAAGAAAAACAUGAACAGCACAUGUAUUGAAGAACAGCAUGAGCUGGAUCACUAUUUGUUUCCUAUUGUUUACAUCUUUGUGAUUAUAGUCAGCAUUCCGGCCAAUAUUGGAUCUCUAUGUGUGUCUUUCCUGCAAGCAAAGAAGGAAAGUGAACUAGGAAUUUACCUCUUCAGUCUGUCACUAUCAGAUUUGCUCUAUGCAUUAACUCUCCCUUUAUGGAUUGAUUAUACUUGGAAUAAAGACAACUGGACUUUCUCUGCUGCCUUGUGCAAAGGAAGUGCUUUCUUCACGUACAUGAACUUUUACAGCAGCACAGCAUUCCUCACCUGCAUUGCCGUUGAUCGGUAUUUGGCUGUUGUCUACCCUCUGAAGUUUUUUUUUCUAAGGACAAGAAGAUUUGCACUCAUGGUCAGCCUUUCCAUCUGGGUAUUGGAAACCAUCUUCAAUGCUGUCAUGUUGUGGGAAGAUGAAACAAGUGUUGAAUAUUGCGAUGCCAAAAUGUCUAAUUUUACUUUAUGCUAUGACAAAUACCCUUUAGAGAAAUGGCAAAUCAACCUCAACUUGUUCAGGACGUGUACAGGCUAUGCAAUACCUUUGGUCACCAUCCUGAUCUGCAACCAGAAAGUCUACCAAGCUGUGCGGCACAAUAAAGCCACAGAAAACAAGGAAAAGAAGAGAAUCAUAAAACUCCUUGUCAGCAUCACAGUGACUUUUGUCUUAUGCUUUACUCCCUUUCAUGUGAUGUUGCUGAUUCGCUGCAUUUUAGAGCAUGAUGUGAACUUCAAUGACCACAGCAAGUCUGGGAAGCAAACUUACACAAUGUAUAGAAUCACGGUCGCAUUAACAAGUUUAAACUGUGUUGCUGAUCCAAUUCUGUACUGUUUUGUAACUGAAACAGGAAGAUACGAUAUGUGGAAUAUAUUAAAAUUCUGCACUGGGAGGUGUAAUACAUCACAAAGACAAAGAAAACGCAUACUUUCUGGGUCUACAAAAGAUACUUUGGAAUUAGAGGUCCUGGAAUAGAACCAAGGAUCUUUUGAAGGGAAGGGAGGUUUAAAGUACACAUUAUUAUAUCAUCAAGUCACAUUUUGAAAAGGAAAUCUAGCAUGAGAGGGGACUAAGGGUUCUCAGAGUGAUAUUUUAAUCCUGUCCAAUAAAAUAUCUUAAAAGUGCAUUGUACAGCUCCCUCCCUGAGUUGUAUCAAAUGAGGUCUAUUAAACAAAGAUCAAAAGUUU